UCCACCUGAGAGAAGGCUCAGUGAGACAGAAAACAGCAGCAUGAAUCAGAGUGUCAGUGACAGAAGGUGCAGUGAUGCCAGUUCACUUUAUAUGGAUCUCUCCAGACUUGUGACCUGGGCACACAGUCAUGGGACCAUAUGUAAUCAAAUCCCAGCCUUGGAAAUUGUGGAGAACAUAGGUCAUCCUAGCAGGGACAAUUCUGUUCUGUGGAUGUGUGCAGCUGGACAUGCGUAUCGCUGGCAGUGUGAAAGAGUACACAUCAGAAGCAGAGAAGAGAAUGAGGCUGUAGAAACGAGAAAGAGGAGAGUAUCUUCUGAGGCUUCAUCAAGGGAAGCUAAUUUAGCUGAAAAGAGGUUCAGGAUGACCCCAUCUUUUGAGAGGGCUAAAUCAGACACUGUUAGCACAGGGUCACAUAGCAGAUCUCCGUGGGUCACUCAGCAGAAAGAUGACACAGCCUGCAUAAUACAUAAUGAACCACCACCCAGACAAAAUCGAAAAAGUAGCAAAUCCAUGAAAUCACACUUCGCAGCAGAGCAGCAUUUGUCAUUAUCUGGUGGUGAAGUCAGAACUGACAGACAUAAGGUGAAGCUAGACAGCAUCGAAGAUCUACAAAUCAUCUCUGAUGAAGAACAUUGUGUAUCAGAUGAAGACAACCAAGGAAACAGAAUCAACCAGAAUAUUCUGUCAGAAUCACAAAAUAAAGGUGUAACUGCUGAGGUAGACUUGCAAAUGCAUCGCAGUCAGAACACAGCAUUUAAUAAGCCGACAGCUACCCAAACAUCUGGCUUUGACCCCCCAGGAAAGCCACCCCUGACUCUUGCCUGCAUUCUAAAAUCCCCCGUCAGCCAUCAGGAGAGCCUGGACAGAAGCUUCUUGAGGUUAGGUCCUCUUAAUCCUGCAGGGUUCAUGACUGAAACCUCUAGAGCAAGAAAUUCCUCUGGGUCAGCAACACCAAAAGAACAUUUAAAAUCUGUUCCUGUCUCCAACAUUGAAGCAAAGGCCCAACUUGUGUCACCUGCCUCCGUGACAUUAUUUGAGUUUGAAGCCACUUUAGAUGUCCAGCAGCAACUCCAGCUGAGCCCUCCCGAGUGUGGCACACCAGGAAUAGACUUAAGUGGGAGCUUUACUGAAAACCCUGUUGAGGAGAGUGAACCGUCAGGAUCUGGGCAUGCACCUCAUCUUUCAGCCUCAUUGAGUCCAGAGGGCAACAACGCAGACCAUCCAGCUGCAUCUCCAAACAAAAAUGCGUUGAAGAAGUGGGAGAAAAAGAGGAACCGUAACACUAGCGAUAUUAAAGUUUUCAAAGACUGGCUGAUUUUACACUGCCCUUCUGAAAUACGUGAGAUCUAUAUGCUACCACCCGAAGACCUCGAUAAUUACCUGGCCUCGUUCUACAGUUCCGCAAAGAGACAGAACGGCAUGGAUUUUUCCUCCAGAUCUUUGCACAUCUUUCAGAGCAACAUAGAGAGAUACCUCAAGGAUCACAACUAUGAGUACAGCGUGGUUAAAGGGCUGGAAUUCAGAGCAGCUCAGGACGCCUUUAAACUAAAGUAUCAGCACCUAUCGCAUCAAAAGAGCGAGGGAGAGUGGAGUAUUUUGGAGAACCUGACAGAUGAAGAUGUGGCAAAUCUUCGUAAGAAGGGACUUUUAAGUAAGAUGCACCCUCAUGGCUUUUUGCACCUCAUGUUCACAAAUAUCAUUAGGGGGUUUGGGGCACGUACACACAGGCAGAGCAAUAAUCUGUACUGGGGACAGCUUGUGCUAAAAAAGCAUGAGGGAGAGCUGGAGUACUUGGUGUGGAAGGAUGAUCUGAGAGCAGAGGUAGACGUGGGGGAAUUGGGUCCACGUCGUCUCUGUGCCAAGCCAGACAAUCCAGAUAGCUGUCCGGUCGCAGACUACAAGGAGUACGCCAAGAGGCGGCCCCUGGACAUGCUUCACGACUACGACCCGCUGUAUCUGGCUCCCAAGCCUCUGUGCUCCAUAUGGGACCAGGUAUGGUACUGUAGAAAGCCAGUGGCAAAAGCCAGACUGGAAAAGAUCUUGAAAGCUAUUAUCCAGCAGGUCAAACAACCUGUGAAGAAGUCCAAAAAAAUAAAGGUAACCACUUAGUUUCUGCUGUGCCACUAUUUGGUAGGAGUAUGUUUCAAAGCAGUCUGCAUAAGGUUCAAGUGGCAAUAGUUAGUAUAGGCUGAGGAGAGCAUCCUUCUCUUUGGUUUCACCUUAGAACAUAAGUCAUCUACAAAUUUGUAUCACCUUAGCGUUCAGGUUAAGUGAAAAAUUUCUAUUGUUCUUUAUAUUAAUGGAAUUGAUAGUUCAGUAAGUUAGAUAAAAAUGAGAAUUUUAGGUUUCACAUUUGUAAAACCAGUUAAUAUUCUACAGUAUUAAUAAUUACAUGAUAAACCACCUAAUGUUAACAUGGAGAGGGCUUGGUAGCUGAAUAGCCUGGCUGCACUUAUAUUUGGGGGAGCUGACACCUGUACCCAGCAUUUAGUCUGUAGUAUAAGCCUACGGUAAAAAGAGAAAUAACAGGAAUUAGUUCUGGAGUGGAAGAACGAUGAAAUGCCACAGUUGCCAACUGCUAAUCCCUAUCUCAUGGGAAUGCUUUCAACAAGGUUUAUGUAAUUUUUCUUAGUGAAAGAUUUGUAGAUUUAAGAAGUUGUGUGUUUUAAAAAGUUAUUUUAAAUGGCUCAUAGUGUUGAAAGGUUUUAUGGGGAGCGCUUUCCCCGGAGUGCUAAAUAUAGCUACAUAAAUACACUUUGGUAGAUGUAGUCAACUUCUUUCAGCUGUUCAAGUCUUGUGCAGUCAAUAUGCUCUCUUGCAGUCCAGUCAAGUUGUCAGGUUGCAUUGUUGGCACAACCCAAUAAAAGAACAUUUUACUCA